GGGGUUGGGAUGAGUUUCUACAAAAAAGAGGUGGGUACACGCCAGUCCACAGUGGUCCUGAUCAAAGUGAGAACAGACAGCAGGGAACAUCACCCUCUUCAGAUUGGAGUCAGUGGGAACAAACCCAAGAUGUUGGGGAGGAACACUUGGAAGACCUCAGCUUUCUCCUUGGUUGAGCAGAUGUGGGUCCCUCUCUGGAGUCGUUCGAUGAGGCCAGGGCGAUGGUGUUCUCAGCAUUCCUGUGCACGGCGAACCAGCAAUAACACUUUGCACCCACUCUGGACGGGCCCGGUCUCCGUGCCAGGGGGCACCCGGCAGUCUCCUAUCAACAUCCAGUGGAGAGACAGCGUCUACGACCCCCGGCUGAAGCCACUCAGGGUCUCCUAUGACGCGGCAUCCUGCCUGUACGUCUGGAACACUGGCUACCUCUUCCAGGUGGAAUUCGACGAUGCCACCGAGGUAUCAGGAAUUAGUGGUGGGCCCUUGGAAAACCACUACAGACUGAAGCAAUUUCAUUUCCACUGGGGAGCAGAGAAUGAGGGGGGCUCAGAGCACACAGUGGACGGCCACGCGUACCCCGCAGAGCUGCAUUUAGUUCACUGGAAUUCUGUGAAAUACCAAAAUUACAAGGAAGCUGUCGUAGGAGAGAAUGGUUUGGCUGUGAUAGGCGUGUUUUUAAAGCUCGGGGCCCAUCAUCAGACGCUGCAGAGGCUGGUGGACAUUUUGCCGGAAAUAAAACAUAAGGACGCGCGGGCGGCCAUGCCCCCCUUCGACCCCUCCACUCUGCUGCCCACCUGCUGGGAUUACUGGACCUACGCGGGCUCGCUCACCACCCCGCCGCUGACCGAGUCGGCAACCUGGAUCAUCCAGAAGGAGCCCGUUGAAGUGGCCCCAAGCCAGCUCUCUGCAUUUCGUACUCUCCUGUUUUCUGCACUUGGUGAAGAGGAGAAGAUGAUGGUGAACAACUAUCGCCCACUUCAACCCCUGAUGAACCGGAAGGUCUGGGCAUCCUUCCAGGCCACUAAUGAGGGCACAAGAUCCUAGAGACAUCAGGUCCACAUGAAUAGCAGAACUGACUUUGAAGGAAGGAAGCGUUGUUUCCCAAGUUUCACAAUGUGAUUGUACUUGACUUCUGAAAUUAAAAAGAGAGAAUGAGGUU